CUGUACGGCCGCUAGUGGUACGCCAUGACGCCGCUGCGUCUGCGCCAGCUGUUCACGUUCGCCCUGCUCUGGGUCGGCUACGCGCUCACCUACUUCCUGCGCAAGCCGCUGGGCGUUAUCAAGGGCGACCUGCGCGCCUUCGCCGGCCUGAACGAGGCGCAGCUGGGCUGGCUGGAUGCAGCGCUCCUGGCGCCGUACGCGCUGGCGCAGAUGGCGCUGGCGCCGGCCGGCGAGCGGCUCGGGCCGCGGCGCACGCUCGGCUUCGGUCUGCUGUCCGCCGGCGCCGCCAUGGUCACGUUCGGCCUCUGGGGCGGCGCCGGCGCCAUGGCGCUCAUGCUGGCGCUCAACGGCGCGGCGCAAUCGUGCUGCUGGCCGGCGUGCGCGCGCGCCCUCGCUGACUGGUUCCCCGACGAGCGGCGCAACUCGGUGUUCGGUCUGUUCGGCACGUCGGCGUUCGCGGGCGGCAUCCUGGGCACGGCGAUGGCUGUCGCUCUUCAGGCGGCCUUCGGCUGGCGGGUGAUCCACGUGCUGCCCUCGCUGCUCUGCAUGUGCUUCGGCCUGCUGGUGCUUCUGGCGCUGCGCUCGCCCGAAGAGCUGGGAGUCACCGUGCCCGGCAAGCAGACGGCGUCGACGGUGAAGGCGGCGGCUCCGGCCGACGCGCUGACCUGGCGUGAUGUGUGGCGCAUUCCCGUGGUGCCUGAGGUGGCCGUCGGCCUCUUCUUCCUCAAGCUGGUGCGCUACGCCAUGUACAUGUGGCUGCCACUGUUCCUGUCACAGCAGCUGCGCUACGAUCGGCAGGCGGCCGGCCUGCUCUCGCUGGCGUUUGACGUGGGCGCGGCGCUGGGCUCGGCCGUCAUCGGCGCCGCCACCGGCUGCCUGCUGAGCUCGACCGCCUCAACGCUCGGCCUGCUGCUGUUCUCGCUGACCAGCGGCUGGGGCGCGCCGGCCAACGCCGCCUGCCUGCUGCUGGCAGGCCUCUUCAACGGCGGUCCGGACACGCUUCUGAGCGCGGCCGUACCCACCGAGCUGGGACAGCGCGACGGCCGCCGCGCCGCGCAGGCCGCCAGCGGCGCCGUCAACGGCUUCGGAAGCGUCGGCACCUUCCUGGAGGGCCCUCUGCUCGGCUGGGUGGCGCUGCGUCUGGGCUGGGGCGCCGUGUUCGGCACCAUGCUGGCGUCCAGCGCGCUGUCGGUGCUGGCCGUGCUUCGCGCCGACAUUGUCGAUCGGCGCUGGCGGCGGUGCUGCGCGCCGCGCUCAUCCGAACUGGCCUAA